GAGCUGCUGCACGUCUUUCACCUCCUGCCCGCCUUCCUGGUGAAGAUGAGCUCCGACGUCCUGGACACGGCUCUGAAGCUGCCGCACGUGGAGUACAUCGAGGAGGACGCCUAUGUCUUUGCUCAAAGCAUCCCCUGGAACCUGGGCAGGAUCGUGCCGCCACAGCCCAGCUCAGGCGCCUACAGCCCUCCCAAUAAAGGUGACUUGGUGGAGAUUUACCUGCUGGACACCAGUGUGCAGAGCACCCAUCGGGAGAUCGAAGGCAGGGUGCUUGUGGCUGACUUUGAAAACGUCCCUGAGGAGGAUGGCACCCGCUUCCACAGACAGGCCAGCAAAUGUGACAGCCACGGGACCCACGUGGCUGGGGUGCUGAGCGGGCGCGACGCUGGUGUGGCCAGGGACGCCAAGGUCCGCAGCCUCCGUGUGCUGAACUGCCAGGGGAAGGGCACCAUCAGUGGGACCCUCAUUGGCCUGGAGUUCAUCAAGGCGACGCUGCAGCCUCGGCCCGAUGCGCCGCUGGUGGUGCUCCUGCCCUUUGCCGGUGCCUACAGCCACGCACUGAACGCCGGAUGUAGGCGGAUGGCGCGGAUGGGGGCGGUGGUGGUCGUGGCUGCUGGGAACUACAAGGACGAUGCCUGCCUGGAAUCACCAGCGUCCGAGCCAGAGGUCAUCACCGUCGGCGCCACCAACAGCGAGGACCAGCCCGCCUCCAUUGGCACCCCCCUGGGCCCCACCUUCGGCCGCUGCGUGGACCUGUUUGCCCCGGGGGACGACAUCAUCGGUGCCUCCAGCGACUGCAGCACGUGCUUCAUGGCGCAGAGCGGGACCUCGCAGGCGGCCGCGCACGUGGCAGGUGAGCUGGGUUACGGGGUCGUGGGCAGGACUGGCCCUCUGUGUGCAGAUGAUGGGCUAGCAAGUCCUCCUGAGAUUUCUCGGGAGUUGCGCCUCCUGCACUUUGCCACCAAGAACGUCAUGGACGCGGUGUGGUUUCCCAAGGACCAGCGGCUCCAGACACCCAACAGCGUGGCCAAGCUGCCCGCUCAGCUGGGCACAGAGGAGCAGCUGUACUGCCGCUCGGUGUGGUCGGCGCGCUCAGGGCUCACCUGGCACGCCACAGCCGUGGCUCGCUGCGAGGAGAUGCUCAGCUGCUCCAGCUUCUCCCGCAGCGGCAAGCGACUGGGGGAACACAUGGAGGACAAGGAAGGGAAGAAGCAGUGCGUGGCCCACAACGCUUUCCAGGGCCAGGGCGUCCACGCCAUCGCCAGAUGCUGCACGUGGCCCAGGGCUGAGUGCCGGAUCAACGCCAGCUCCCUGGCCCAGGCUGAGGGGGCCGGCUGCUCCCUGUGGGACCACACCCGUCCUGGGGCCAGGGAAUGGCUUCAGCCACUGAUGGCGCCCGCCUUGUGCUGCCCCGCUGCCAGCCUCGAGUGCCGGGUGAAGGAACACACGUCCACAGGCUCUGCGGAGAAGGUGACAGUGUCCUGUGACAACGGCUGGACGCUGACAGGCUGCAACGCCCAUUCCCAGAGCCCCAGCACCAUGGGAGCCUACGCUGUGGAUGAUACCUGCGCUACACUCAUAAACAUUGAAGCCUCUGAGAAGUACCAGUCUCCCUUUUCUGGGGGCGAUUAG